AUGGUCAACUAUGGUGGCGAUGAGGUUUCUGCCCUGGUGGUCGAUAUUGGCUCGUCGUCUGUACGCGCCGGUUAUGCUGGGGAUGACACCCCCAAAGCAGUAAUCCCAUCGUCAUACGGCUACUUCAACAACCCUCCAGGAGGCGAUGUUUCCAUGGAGAAUGGGAACUCUGGGGAGCCCAAAUCUGCCUACUCCCAGAUUUUCAUCGGUCAAAAUGGGCCUUCUACUUGGAGAGCAGGCAUGGAAAUUGGGAAUCCGUUGCAAGAUGGAUUAAUACACGACUUUGAUUCUGCGCGUUCACUAGUAGAACACGCUCUUGGAGAUGUGAUGCGCGUUAACGCUUCGGAGCACCCAAUACUGGUCACCGAACCACCUUGGAAUACCCCGGCAAACAGAGAGCGGAUGGCCGAGAUCAUGUUCGAAGAAAUGAAAGCACCUGCGUUCUAUAUUGCCAACACGGGAGUUCUCAACGCAUUCGCGGCUGGAAAGGGCUCAGCCCUCGUCAUUGAUAUCGGGCAAAGUAUGGCUAGCGUCACCCCUGUUGUUGAUGGUUUCGUUCUACGUAAAGGUCUUGCCACCUCCUCCAUACCAAGACUAGUACACUCGCAUGCCCACCAUUUCCUCUCCAACCCAACUCAGACCCGACAUGCCAUCGACCUAUACCCUCAUCAACUCAUUGCAAAUAGACUGCCUGUUGACCCAGGCGCCCCACCACGGUUCACUCUCAGAGAGGAUCGCUUGGCUGGUGUGACCCAAAGCUGGAAAGCCUGGUAUGAAGCAAGAGAGGUCGAUGAGUGGAUACAGAGUGUGGGUGGCGUCCUUGAACAAGGAUGGAACGACCAAGUCGCGGCUUCUCGUCCACCUCGACAAUACGAGUUCCCCACAGGAUACAAUAAUUACUUUGGCCAUGACCGCUUUGCUGUGUGCGAACAAUACUUCUUCCAAAAACCACAUUUCGUCCAAUCAAAUGCAACAGCCCCGAAAACCAUCCCCAGCCUGAUUCUAGAAGCAUUCCGUACCUGUGACCCAGAACUCCGUCAAGUCCUCAUGGGCAACGUUGUCCUGACGGGCGGAGGCAGCUUACUCAAUGGCUUCAGUGAACGCCUCGCUUCCGAGCUAUCUCGUUCUUUCUCACACGUCAAAAUACACGCUCCUGGUAAUCCGACUGAACGCCGAUAUGGCGGUUGGCUAGGCGGUAGUAUCCUGGCGAGUCUGGGUACCUUCCACCAACUGUGGAUCAGUCGAGAGGAAUGGCAGGAACACGGCACAGCGAUUGUAGGGCAGAGAUGCUACUGGAGACCAGUUAUUCGACAAUUGCUCGCCAGAGUGAAGCACGGCUGCAGCUACGAGCGGCAGAAACACCAACUACAAGGAUAUCAGGAUAAUGAGUGGGUUACAAGAACCAUGGUAAUGAAGGGGUGA